AUGUCCAAACUGAUUCGUAAAGGCGCAUAGCUCUCUGUAAGCAUGAGCGAGGCCACUUCCACAAUUACAAAUAAUUUGGAAUAAAGUGUGUAUGAGUGUAUGAGCUGACGAGGUUAUCGGCACAGUAUUAAGCCCAGUCUUAAAUUGUUGGUUAACAAAAGUAGGCCGUAAUGAUGAGAGUAUAACUAUUGAGUAUAAAAGUAUGCUUUUUUCUGUCGAUUUACACAGCUUGUGUCAUAAGGGAAGGUCCAAGGCAGGUUGGAUUCAUUUGCAUACAGGGAGGGACCAGGGAAUCUGGUCACAAUGCAUAUGCAGCGGGCAGAUAAGAGACAUUUUAAAUCCACGUGUAGAAGCAACAAAACUUGAUCAGAUAGUUAUCGGCUCAUCUUGAUCGGAUGAUGACAACCAAAUGUUAAUGCAAGGUGUACUCACCGCUACUGACUGUCCCUCCCGAUGCUCUGACCUCUUCCAGAUCUCUUCCAUGCCAGCUCCCACAGUGAUGUCACAGAGGGCGAGGACAGCAGACUCAACUGGCCUCAUGGUCUGGACCAGGCCGCAGUAGUAGACCACCCUCUCCAGCUCUCCUCCUCAUCCUCCACCUCCCUGGCUGACCUCCUCUCACUCCUGGGUAGAGUGGGGGACCAUAGUGGGUCAGUGGCCAACCUCGACCCCAGUGAAGAGCUCCAGAAUCAUGCAUUGGUGUUGGGAGGAGUGGGGGGAGCCAGAGAGCAGGCCAGGAGCCCAAGCAUCAAUUGGCAACUCCGCGACAGGCGAAAGAGGAACUUUUCCUCGGGGGUAGCUGGCAUGUGCUGCAACCAGGGCUGCACUAAGAAUGACAUUGGGCUUCUGUGCUGA